AUGAAGGCUAUAGGGGCCACACUCCUCGGGCUCGCACUGGCCGUCCAGGCUCAGCAAUCACUAUAUGGCCAAUGUGGUGGAAAUGGUUGGACGGGCUCGACUCAAUGUGUGUCUGGUGCAUGCUGCAGUUCCAUAAACGCCUGGUACUAUCAAUGUCUCUCUGGCAACUGUAUGCCCAGCACGACUAUGACAACCACGGCUACCCGCACAACCUCCACAACCUCCACAACCUCCACAACCACAUCUGGCGCUACAGGAAGCCUGCCUACCAGUUUUAAAUGGAGCUCCACCAAUGCGCUGGUUGGCCCCAAGAACGACGGCCGCAACAUUGCGGGAAUCAAAGAUCCCUCUAUCAUAGAGGUUGACGGCACAUACCAUGUUUUCGCAAGCACUGCCCAGGCAUCAGGCUAUAAUCUAGUGUAUUUCAAUUUCACCGACUUCAGCCAAGCGGGGAAUGCACCCUUCUUCUAUCUCGACCAGAGUGGGAUUGGGACGGGCUACCGCGCUGCGCCUCAGGUGUUCUACUUUCAGCCGCAGCAGCUGUGGUACCUGGUCUUUCAGAAUGGAAAUGCUGCCUACUCCACCAACAAGGACAUUAGCAAUCCUGCUGGGUGGAGUGCUCCUAAGAACUUCUUUAGCAGCGUUCCUAGUAUCAUCACUCAGAACAUUGGCAAUGGCUACUGGGUGGAUAUGUGGGUUAUCUGCGAUUCAUCCAAUUGCUACCUCUUCUCUUCCGAUGACAACGGCCACCUCUACCGUUCACAGACCACUCUGAGCAACUUUCCCAACGGCAUGGGCAACACGGUCAUUGCACUUUCUGACUCGAGUCCAUAUAAUCUCUUCGAAGCUUCCAAUGUAUAUCAUGUCGGAAAUGAGUACCUUCUCAUCGUUGAAGCCAUCGGGAGUGAUGGCAAUCGGUACUUCCGGUCAUGGACGGCACCCUCUCUCACGGGUACAUGGAGUGCGCUCGCGAACACUGAAGCCAACCCCUUUGCCCGCUGGAAUAAUGUGGCCUUCUCCGGGACUGCCUGGACCAAGAGCAUCAGUCAUGGAGAGAUGGUGCGCUCUCAGGUGGACCAGACCAUGACCAUCAGCCCGUGCAAGCUCCGCUACCUCUACCAAGGUAUGAACCCGGCGGCGACGGGUGAUUAUAACUCUCUUCCGUGGAAGCUGGCUCUCCUUACGCAGACCAACUCUGCAUGUUAG